AGAGAAGGGUUGAAGCUGUUUUGGCGAAGUCCGUAACUGUUGCAAGGAUUUCUGAGACGGGAAAUGGAACUUGGAGGAGGAGUGUAGAAGACGAGCUUGGAGGAGCAAAUUGGUGGCAGAGAUGGCGUCGGAGCAGCGACUUGCCAGUGCCUCGACUUGGAUCUUGUUGUUGGUUGCUUUAUCGGCGCAUUUGUGCCGGGGAGAUAGCUCUAUCACCCACGAUGAUUUGAAUACGCCUUCGCAGCCCGGCUGCGACAACAGCUUCGUUCUGGUCAAAAUACGAAACUGGAUGAACGAUGUUGAAGUGACCGAACUAGUGGGUGUAAGUGCACGAUUCGGCGAGAAAAUAUCCGACAUUAAUGUGGCACUUGAUGCUAUUCCUCUGGCGAUGCCAAGCCUUGUUUCCUCCUGCAAUACGUCCUCUAUACCGCUCAAUGGUCAUGCCGCUUUGGUACGACGCGGAGAAUGCACUUUCACAAGGAUGGCACGAACGGCACAGGCAGCCGGUGCCAAUGCCCUCAUUGUUGUUAAUGAUAAAGAAGAGCUUUGCAAGAUGGUGUGCUCAGAGAACGGCACCUUCACAGAUAUCCAAAUACCGUCGGUUCUGGUACCCAAGUCAGCUGGAGAUAUCUUGGAGGCUGGUUUACUUCGUGGUGAAACAGUUAAGAUCUUGAUGUACUCUCCGAAGCGACCCAUUAUCGAUAUAUCGGAAAUAUUUUUGUGGCUGAUGGCCGUUGGUACAGUUGUUGGUGCUUCUUUCUGGUCAGCCUUAACUGCUAAAGAAGCAGCUCUGGAACACUACCGAAGUAUCAAGGAGGGAGGAGAUCCCGAUCUUUCUGAUGCAGAUCAUGAUGGAAACAAAGAUGUUGUGGACAUCAACGUUAUGUCGGCAUUCCUGUUUUUGGUUAUGGCAUCUGUAUUUUUACUGGUGCUAUAUUAUUUCAUGUCGCAGUGGUUUCUAAUUCUACUGGUUAUCUUUUUCUGUAUUGGUGGAUUUGAGGGUCUACAAACUUGUAUGGUAGCCCUUCUUUCUUGGUGGUUUCCCCGAGCAGCAGGUACAUACUACGGCGUGCCAUUUUUGGGAGCCGUUUCAGGACUUUCCCUUGCAGUGGGCCCCUUCUCACUGUUGUUUGCAGUGUUGUGGGGUAUUUAUCGAAAUCACAGUUAUGCCUGGAUUGGCCAGGACGUGCUUGGAAUUUCAUUGAUUUUGAGUGUUCUCCAAGUUGUGCGCUUACCUAAUAUCAAGGUUUCUACUGUAUUAUUGAGUGCUGCCUUCAUAUACGAUAUAUUCUGGGUAUUCAUAUCCCCGCUCAUUUUUGAUGAAAGCGUCAUGAUUGUGGUUGCUCGGGGAGAUAAGACCAAUGGAGAGGGUAUUCCUAUGCUUCUUAAAGUUCCACGUCUUUUUGAUCCAUGGGGUGGCUACAGUAUCAUUGGUUUUGGCGAUAUUUUGCUUCCAGGACUUUUGGUUUCCUUCUGCUUACGGUAUGACUGGUCUACAAAGAAAAGACUCUUCAAUGGAUACUUUUUGUGGACGGCAGUGGGUUACGGCCUAGGGUUAUUCUGGACUUAUAUAGCGCUCAUUUUGAUGAACGGGAAUGGCCAGCCUGCACUGCUUUACAUUGUUCCUUGCACUCUAGGAACCGUGUUUCUUCUGGGAUGGUGGCGGGGAGAGUUGAUAACUUUGUGGAACAAAGGAGAACAAGUUCCUCCACUGGAGGACUAUGUGAAUUCGUCACAAAUCGAUGAGCAUCCGGACAGAAGUUCAUAGUGACUGGUGGGUCAAUGUUCUACUUAGUGAACUAGACAGAGUCUUUGGUAUUUCUCAUUUUAUAUUAGCCUCAUUUGAAUUUCGGAUGGUCAAAUUCAACGAUGGUAGCAGAUUUUUGGGAUCCAAAAACGUUUGAUCUCGUAAUCGCAAUACCCGUCGUCAGAAUGACUAUCACAGUUUGUACAUUUUUCUAGUCCUUGAAGUUGCAGCCUCUCAAUUAGUAUAUUUUUGUUCACCGGCUGGUUGAUACGGUAUUUUGGGUACCAGGCAUUUAUUAUUUACCAACAUUUUGAAGUUCAUGUUA